AUGGGUAACGAUUUAUUUGCAACAGGACUCUUAAUUUUCGUUUUACAUGAAGCUAUGUACUUCGGAAGAUGUGUACCUUGGAUGAUAAUAGACCAAAUUCCUUACUUCAGGAAGUACAAAAUCCAGGAUACGAAACUUCCAUCUAACAAGGAGCAGUGGGAAUGUAUGAAAUCAGUAUUGGUAUCGCAUUUUCUUGUUGAAGCUUUUCCAAUCUGGUUUUUUCAUCCUUUGUGCAAACAAAUUGGUAUAUCAUAUGAUGUACCAUUCCCUUCAGUAACAGAAAUUUGCAUUCAAUUGGCUGUUUUCUUCGUUUUGGAGGAUGCAUGGCAUUAUUGGCUCCAUAGAGGUUUACAUCACGGUGUGUUUUACAAGUACAUUCACAAACAGCAUCAUAGAUAUGCAGCACCAUUUGGUUUAACAGCAGAGUAUGCUCAUCCUAUCGAAGUUAUGUUGCUUGGUUUCGGAACCGUCGGUAUUCCAAUCUUAUGGUGCAUGAUAACUAAGAAGUUGCAUUUGUUCACGACAUGUCUUUGGAUCACUCUCAGAUUGUUUCAAGCAGUUGAUUCACAUUCAGGAUACGAAUUCCCCUUUUCUUUACAUCACUUCUUACCAUUUUGGGCAGGCGCCGAUCACCACGAUGAACAUCACCACUAUUUCGUCGGUGGCUAUUCUUCUUCAUUCAGAUGGUGGGAUUAUUUCUUAAAUACCGAGGCCGGGCCAAAAGGUAAAAAAGGUAGAGAGAAUGCCGUUAAAGAAAAGGCAGAAAAAGUCCAUAAAAAAGAUUGA